UUUCCUUUCGGAGCUGGGCGAUUUCGGACCGGAAGCCUCGGUGUGCGGGAGCGAAUGGUUGUUGACGACGCCAUGAGUUACUCUGACUACGACUCAGACGGAUAUUUGUCAAAUGAAGAUGCCGACUAUGUUCCAUCAGACGAUAACCUCAGUGAGGAUGACAUUAAUGAGUGUGAGAAGGAAGACCCCCUCCAUGAGGAUGACACUGUGCCUCAUCCUGACCUCAAGAAGAAAAAGAAAAGAAAAGACAUCAGCAGGAAGAGCAGGAAAGAGGAGCUAAAUCAGGAAGAGGCUCAGCUGCCAAAGGAAGACAGUGAUGAUGAGGAGAAACGGAAGAAGAAGUCGGAUGAUCUUUGGGCGAGUUUCCUGUCCGAUGUCGGAUCAAGACCCAAAGACUCUGCGCCCAGCUGCCAGUCAGAUUCCACUAAGGAGACUGAAUGUUCAGUGUUAAAGGAGACGUCAUUAAUUACAGAAGCCAAACCAUCAGGACCAGCUAAAGUCACCAUCACUAAAGUGUUUGACUUCGCUGGAGAGGAAGUGAGGGUGGAUAAGGAGGUAUCAGCUGACUCCAGGGAAGCUAAGAGUUAUCUGAAGAGUCAAAGUGCUCACCAGGAGCAAGAUGAAGAAACAAGCUCAUCUCACACACAGUCAUUUCUUCCUGGUCCCAGUGCUAAGCGUCCAGCAGGCAUGUCCAGCAUCCUUAAUCGGAUUGGAGGAAAGAAGCAAAAAAUGAGCACCCUGGAAAAGUCAAAGAUGGACUGGGAUGCUUUUAAAUCAGAGGAGGGCAUCACAGAGGAGCUGGCUAUCCAUAACAGAGGCAGAGAAGGUUUUGUGGAGCGAAAGAACUUCCUGGAGCGCGUCGACCACCGGCAGUUUGAGCUGGAAAAAGCAGUCCGACUGAGCAACAUGAAACGAUGAGACACUGAUGAACAACAGACCGGCAUGCGGAGCGGAGCGGGGUUUGAACUCCUGUAACUUGUUUCCCACCCGACAGAGUUGAUGUUCAUCCUGUAAUAGGAGAUGUGACUGGCUCUGUGGCUGAGCCUAUUUCAGGCUGGCUGUAUAAAUAGGUUGAGGUCAGGUAAUGGACGGGUGUUGAUGCCUCUGGGGGUUCAUCCUUGUGAGAACCAGUUUGUGUUUGCUGCUUUUACUGCAGCUCACAUCAAGUUUCAAAUUAAUUAUCUCUGGAGUGAAUAUUGAUUCAGUCUGACAUGUGACUCCCUCGCAUUCCAAUCAUUUGCACUUUUGGAUUAACUGACAUCUCUGUUUCACAGCUGAGCUGUACAGGUGCACACAACUGGCUGUCCUGUUUGUUUAAGGAUCACAGAGCAGAAAUAAAACUUUACCUUUUGUAACUUACGUUUGUAUGUCAUCAAACAUAAGUUACACAUUAACUUAUGGAAUAACCAGCUGGAUAUUCCACAAGAAUCAGAAGUCAAAGUUUAGGAUGUGGUUAUGGAGGAUUGUACCUUAGCUACUGCUUGUAAAUGAACCAAUGUGGUCUGUGUGGUGUUUGAGGUUGAAUCUGUAAAUAUACUGUUAAUCUGUUACUUUUAAAAGGAAUUCAGUUUUAUUUUGAACAAAACGGCUGAUUUCAUUUUCUAAACUCACUGGAGGAUUAGCUGUGUGGAUGUGACAGCAGGGUCAGCAGCCCCUCCUCCAGCAGGGUCCCCCUCUGAACACUCACUGCUUCCAGCAGCAGAGGCUCUGUGUGCCUGGGAGCUCAGAGCAGCAGCGAUCCGUCUCUGUUCUUCCUCACUGAAUGGGAAAAGUCACCAGGGCAUCCACCCUGGCUUCCAGAAGACUGUGAAAAGGGCUUUUUAAGUAGCUGUAUUGUUUUGUUCUAUUUUUGCUAUUGUUUAAAAUAAUAAUAAAAAAAAUUGCCUAAUGAUUUUUUGCACAUAUAUAUUCGGUUAUUUAGCU